AUGGCUCCUACAUCUCUUUCCAACUUCAUUCAGUCUAGUAUUACGAAGCCCACAUCGGCCGCGGCGCUCGGCGUGAGAGGAACCACAUUUGUGACCAUCAUAGUCACGGAGUCAUGUACCACAAGCACCGUCGUUGUUCCAUUGGGGUAUUCCCAGGAGCCACGGACAACAACGGCGACCCAGGAGGGGCCAAUUCAACGCGACAGCUCGCCGGCCCCGGCCCCGGCCCCGGCCCCGGCGGGCUCGGGAGAUGAUUCCUCAACCACAGCGCUGAUAAUAAUGGGGGUCAUUCUUGGGCUGUCAAUAGUGCUGUUCACAAUCUGCUGCUUCUGUUGCAAGCGGCAGAAACGCGUCCGCGCGGCCCUCGGGGGCCCCCAGGUCCCCCAGGACCCCAAGGCCCACCGGGUAUCGCCGUCCAAGGACCUCCGGGACUCCAAGGGCCGCCAGGCCUCAACGGGGCCCCAGGAGGUCCAGGCCCUCGUGGGCCACCGGGCGCUGCUGGGCCGCCCGGAACUGCCGGGCCACCGGGAGUCGAAGGACCUCCCGGCCCUCCUGGCCCUCCUGGCCCUGGUGGAGCCAACGGGCUCCCAGGCCCCCCUGGACUCACCGGCGCCACUGUCUGACAUGUUGUUCUUCAAUGUGUAUCAGGAUCUCAGGGACCUAAAGGGUUACCGGGGCCGGUGGGACCGAUGGGGCCAAUGGGGCCGGUUGGCCCUCAGGGACCGCACGGAGUCGCGGGGACAGACGGUAAAGAUGGACAUGACGGACUUCCCGGGCGCAUAG